AUGCGUCGAUAUUUAGCAAAUAAUAAUGGAUCAAUUUCAAUUUCAAUGUCAAUUUCAAUGUUAAUUUCAAUUUCAAUUUCAAUGUCAAUUUCAAUGUCAAUUUCAAUGUUAAUUUCAAUGUCAAUUUCAAAGUCAAUUCCAAUGUCAAUUCCAAUGUUAAUUUCAAUUCCAAUGUCAAUUCCAAUGUCAAUUCCAAUGUCAAUUUCUCACGUUUCUUAUAAAAUUUUCGAUUCAAUUACGAAAUUAGAUAUUUUUACUAGUAAUUGA